AUGUCGUCAAAUAUUACUUACGAUGAUAGUACCAUUACAUCAACAACACCCGACAAAUAUGAAGCUAUUCUGAUCUAUUACGUACAUGAAAAUAAUGUUCACGAAGGUGGCCUUUAUGACAAACAUUAUCAAGUAUGGGCACCAUAUGAUGGUGAAAAUUUUGAUGCAUUUGUCGACUUGGCCUAUUUUACACUUGAAACACUAAUGGAUGAAAAACAACAAGAUGAAGAUGUUCCAAUUGAUCCAAAUGAUAUUUAUGAGAGAGUAGUAUUUGAUUUGUACAAGGUGGACAAUUUUGAAACAUGGCAAAUGAUAAAGAAUAGAUUAAUCAAUGGAACACCAUUAAAUAUUAUAUCGGAAAUAUUAUGUUCAUUAUAA